AAUGCACUCGCAACAAACGACUGAAUCCAAGAUGGCGGCCUCCACUAGUAAAGAAUUGAAUUUUAACAUCGGAGUUUUGGGCCACGUUGACAGCGGUAAAACAUCAUUAGCUAAAGCUUUGAGUACUGUCGCCUCAACAGCAGCAUUUGACAAGAAUCCUCAGAGCAAAGAGAGAGGCAUAACACUAGACCUCGGUUUUUCCUCUUUUUCUGUGGACCUCCCUAAGCACCUGGCUGGUGAGAAGUAUGACCGGCUACUCAUUACCCUCGUUGAUUGCCCAGGCCACGCCUCCCUCAUCAAGACCAUCAUUGGAGGAGCUCAGAUUAUCGAUCUGAUGAUGCUGGUGAUUGACGUUACUAAGGGAAUGCAGACCCAGUCAGCUGAGUGCCUUGUCAUAGGAGAAAUAACCUGCUCUAAGAUGGUGGUUGUCUUAAAUAAGAUAGACUUACUCCCUGCCCAGAAGAAAACGCAAAUGAUUGAAAAGAUGACCAAGAAGAUGCUGAAGACGUUGGAGAACACCAAAUUUGCCAACUGUCCCGUGGUUCCGGUAGCAGCCAAGCCAGGCGGGCCAGACAGCCCUGAUACAGAGGCACACGGCGUGGAUGCAUUGAUUGAAGAGUUGAAGCGACAGGCGUAUCUACCGCAGCGCGACGCUAGUGGUCCGAUGCUGUACGCCGUGGAUCACUGCUUCUCAAUACGGGGUCAGGGAACUGUCAUGACCGGUACCAUGCUAAGCGGCAAAGUCGUCGUCAAUGACACUGUUGAGAUCCCUGCUCUCAAGAUCACACGCAAAGUGAAAUCAAUGCAGAUGUUCAGACAACCCGUCCAGUCAGCUAGCCAGGGGGAUCGCGUCGGGGUGUGUGUCACCCAGUUUGACCCCAAGCAGCUGGAGAGGGGAUUGGUGUGCACACCCUCAACUCUGCCGACAGUUUGUGCUGGUAUCAUAUCUGUGAAAAAGAUUCCGUACUUCAAAGGAACGUGCUCUACAAAAGCUAAAUUUCACGUAACCAUGGGGCAUGAAACGGUAAUGGGACGAGUCUUCUUCUUCAGUUUACCCCCGAAUGACCGAGUCACUGGAGCGACAGACCAAGAAUUUAGUUUUGAGGAUGAAUACAUCUAUCAAGAGGAAUUGCUCAGCCCGCCAUCCAAAUCAGCCAAUCAAACAACGGAAGACACAGACAAUCAUCAGGUCACUUCCUCAUCUUCCAAUCAGCAGUGGGCUUUGAUAGAGUUUGAGAAACCAGUCACAUGUCCUGCAAGGUGCCUUGUGAUUGGUUCCAAGUUGGACACAGAUAUUCAUUCUAAUACCUGUCGGCUGGCAUUCCAUGGCCAACUUUGCCACCAUAUAACAGAUAAGAACUAUGCUGAAACUGUUCUUCCGCAGCUGAAAAUCUACAAGAAUAAGUCGAGAGAGGGAGUCGUUGACAGGAUGACGGACGAGUACAGCGUCAUUGGACGAUCUCUCUUCAAGAAAGAGACCAACCUGCAGGCGUUCGUUGGGCUCAAGGUUGAGCUUUCCACCGGGGAGGAGGGAGUGAUUGAAGGAGGGUUUGGUCAGAGCGGGAAAUAUAAAAUAAGGAUUCCCGAUGGUUUGAAGCCUGAAACAGUGCAACAACUCUCAUCCUCCGGGAAAAAGAAAGGGAAGAGGACUGGGAAAGCGGAUGACACUGGGGAGGCAGCCACACCCACUGAUGAUGGAGGCGGAGCUUCAUCCAAGCAUCCACCAAUCAAAAUCAGCCUACGAUUCAAACGCUAUGUGUAUGAUACCAAGAAAAGAAUGAUCCAAGCGUGACGUUGGUUGUAGUGUAGUUUCACUUCAAGUCUUCAACUCUUACUUCAUUGCAAAUUCUUAUGAGCCACAAUCACUGACCCACUGGUGUUUGAAAUCGACUCACUGACAUGACUUCCCCUCGUCCCAAAUUAUGUUCUUUAUGAACAUGGCAGAGUUUUGUGAAAAACGAAAUACGAACCUACUGCAGGCUUUCAAGCAUUCCUACUUUUCCUACUCUUUUCUUGAAAUUCUUACUUUUUCCUGCUUUUUUGUCCCAGAACUCUGAAAAAUGAAAUCUCAUUGAAUAUUUUUCAUAACCGCGUUACACACUUUCAUAUGAAAAUCACACAAUGAAGGGCUUGGCUGCAGGAGUACUGCAACUGUGCUUCCAAGAGCUUAGUUGAGGAUGGAGCACAAGUGUUGUGAUUACAGAACAUGCCAAAUGAGGCUUAUGAUGCUAUGGACAUGGGCGAGCAUCAACGAAAACUACUCCUGAAAGCCUGCAAAAGUCUUAGGUUUAUCCUGACUUUGUCCUCCAAAAUCCUACUUUUGUCAUGUUUUUUGGGGGGAAAAACAAUUACCCUACUGUUCUUCUUUUCUGCCUGGGUCUGCUUGAAAGCCUAAUUAUUACCCAAAUUAGCUUCAGAUUCAUUCAUUUUAGCACAAAUUGGAAUGCAGUUUAAGAUCAUCGUUCAAUAAACUAUAAAGGAAGAUUCUUUUGAAUUUUUCGAGCACCCGAUCAAGAAAAUAUGGCAAGCUAAUUGAAAAGUACGCUCAUUCAAACUGAAAAUAUCAGUGAAGAUCAUUCAAAUUCGCCCAAGCCUUGAGGCAAGAACAUGUGGUCAAAGGAAUUUAUCAAAGGCAAACAUUUUCGACAUGUUGAUAUAGGAAUUCAAAUGGGUAUAGUGUGACAAAAGUUUGUUACCGAAGAUUAUCAAGAUAUCAAUUGCAAAUUUAUGGCCUUUUGUGCUAACAUGUCGGCGUAUUCCUUUUUAAGCAAAAAUGUGGUGACUGGGGAGAGACAACACGGUCAAAUGUUUGUAAAUGUAAUUUUGAGGAACUCCAAGGAAAUAUAAUGAUAUUGUCUUUUCUUUUAAAGGUUCCAUCUUUAAUUUGUCACACAAACUAUUCAAUUUUUUUCUUCACUUUUUGCUUUGUUUUGAUUAAUUCUAAUGUCUGCUAGUUCAACUUCCAAGUUGUACUUUGAGGGUUAUCGCGCAUAUUUCUAUUUUACUGGAAAUCUUGAUUUUUUUUUUUUUAAUCUAAAAUCAAAGUUCUUUUGAUUCAUGUAUGAUUAAAGUAUUUGGAAAGAAUGUUGCAACCUGACGCCAUCCUUUUUAAUCAUGUAAUUAUCUCAAUAAAGGUCAGUCAUUGCAAAAAUGUUGAAAAGACAUGAAUGUGAGACUGAGAAACAUUUCCAAU